AUGACUUAUUUCUCAGAUCCACCCCCUAGCAUCGUCCCAUCUCAUAUGCUAGCCUCUCCCGGGUUCGGUUUCGAUUCUUUUAAUAAUGAUUCCGAUGUUGAGCUUCCACAACUCCCAGCACCACAGGCUCUUGUGCCAGCUCAUGUCUCAACGGGAGGACAGGUCGGGAUCCAGGGAAAUCUUUCCUCCAAUGUUAUUCCGAUCGGAAGUCAUAAAAGUGGAAUUGUCUUGUACAACGACGCCAAUCUGCUAGGAGAUGGCCAACAGCAAUUGCUGUACUACUCAAAAAACCGUGCAGACAGAGAUCGGAACAAACAAAGUCGUUCGGAACAUAGAGGUGGUUACUCACGAACAUUUAGCUCUGAUAGAGCAACGGCCUAUGCCAUCAAGACAGCACGUUACCCGGUGCUUUACGAAAUGGCGAGAACGCCAGCUGUUGCAAGGAAGGCGCUAGAAACAUGGAAGAGGCAACCCAGUCAACCAUCCAUUCCAGAAGGGAGCAACACAUCUACGGGCGGUCAAGAGCAAGCAGGUCCGUCGACUGCCCCGGUGAUUAGGGAUGCCAGGUCUAUCGCCACCGCUUUGCCCCCACAGCACAUGGCCUUUUCCAAGCCUGUUCUGGAAAAAACCCGCCGCGGGACUCGGUAUGUUAUCACCUGCGAACUCGAAAAGGCCUAUCCAAACUUCCACAUCCAGUGCGAAUACAUUUACCUCAACCAGCAAGAACGGGUCAACCAUAGCUGGACGGACACACGCAUCUCGCUUGCCAAUAUAUCAACCAAGGAAAAUCUCUGGGUUGUGGCUAUGGAGCAGAUAGGCUACAAUGAAGCCUUCAUCAAAGGGCUUGUUGGCGACGAAGAAUAUGCCCAACUCGAAAGCGUUGAUGGGCCGGUAAAAGGACACGAUAAAUACUCUGGCCCAUCAUUUGUUGCGAAGGUGGCCAAGAAAAUCACGAUUCCAGAAGGAUACGACUUGGGUAACAUCUGGUGUGAAACAGCGGGAUUUUACAGAAUGAAAAUCUUUGUCCCAAGCAAAGAAUACAGGAUGUAA